UAUGUAAGUAUAAAAAAUUAAUGGUUCUGGAGUGAUGAUUUUUAUUGAAUGUAAAUAGGAGAUUUAUCUAUUAUUGUUAAGUAGUACUGGAAGAGGUGGAAUAUUCUUUACAGAAGCAGGAGGUAAAUUAGAACCAAGAUUAAAUACAGAAGAAAAUGCAAUUAAAGAAUUGUUUGAGGAAACAUAUGCAACAUUUAAAGUAAAAAGUCUUAAGGAAUCUAAAAAUGUUAUUGUUAAUAAUAAAUAUGUUUGCUUUACUAUUUAAAUAUAAAUAGAUGAUUUGAUUGAUAUUGAAAAGAUUAUGAGAAAUAAUAGGAAAAUUUUAAAUGAAUAAAAAGGAUUAAAUUGUUAUAGAGAAAUGUUUAAUUUUGAAUUUGUUAAAUUGAAACAAUUCUUAUAAUUAAAAUAAAAAUCAAUUCAAUCUCAUGGUUAAUCUAUUCCUUUACAUAAAAGAACUAUAUGUUCAAUUGAAGAAUUGAUAAAAUAAAAUAUAAUAAGAGAGGAUUUUACUAUUGAUAUACCAAUAUCUUAAUGUUAGAUUCUUUAACAUUAAUUUGAAAAUUAAAAUGAUAAAUUACAUUCACUAAACAAAUAAUUUUAUCUUAAUAUUAUAUGA